GGUGACUUGGCAGCUGUUGAACAGCUGCUGAAAAAUGGGGCAGAUCCCAAUGUCAAAGACAAUGCUGGCUGGACACCCCUGCAUGAGGCAUGUAAUCACGGGCACAAAGAAGUGGUGGAGCUGUUGCUGCAAUACAAGGCGUUAGUGAAUACUACAGGGUAUCAGAACGACUCGCCGCUUCAUGAUGCUGCCAAGAAUGGGCAUGUGAGCGUUGUUGAGCUGCUGCUUUUGCAUGGUGCCUCCCGUGAUGCAGUUAAUAUAUUUGGGCUGCGGCCUGUGGACUACGCGGAAAGCGAAGAGAUGAAGUCUGUGCUAAUGUUACCAGUGAAGGAUGAAUCAUUUUCAUUUAACCACCCCUCUGAGGCACUGAGCCCCAGCCAGCCAAGAGAUGGACCUCUUGGUAUACUGGGGAGCAGUCUUAGUUCAGAGCAACAGAAAUUGCUGAACAAACUAGCAGCAGUCCUGAAGGCUCGAAGGUACACUGAAUUUAAUAACAGAGUAACUCAUCUUGUUAUCCCUGAUGUUCCCAUGCCAAGUACUGUGAAAUGUAUGAUGGCUGUUCUGACUGGAUGUUGGGUCCUCAAGUUUGAAUGGGUACGAGCCUGUCUAGAAACCACAGUUCGAGAACAAGAGGAGAAGUAUGAAAUCCAAGGUGGCCCACAAAGAGGCCGGCUCAACAGAGAACAGCUGCUGCCCAAGUUGUUUGAUGGAUGCUACUUCUAUUUUUUGGGAUCUUUCAAGCAUCACCAGAAGAGUGAUCUUGUCGAGUUGGUCAAAGCAGCAGGAGGACAAAUUCUGGUUAGGCAGCCAAAACCAGACAGUGACGUGACGCAGACAAUCAACACGGUGGCUUACCAUGCAGAAUCAACUUCUGACCAGAGAUUUUGCACUCAGUAUGUAAUCUAUGAUGUGUCUUCUAAAUUCAAGCCGCAGAAAAUUCGUCAGGGCAAAGUCUGGAUGGCCUCCUCCAGCUGGCUUAUAGACUGUGUGAUGUCGUUUCAGCUCCUGCCUGUCAAAUGA